GGUGCUGCACUCGGCUCCGAGUGACGUAGACCCUGCCUUUUAGGGCGGCGCUCCAUCCGGAACCUGUGACGCAACUUCCGUCUGUUGGGCAGAAGCGGAGAGACGGCAGCGUUUGUGGUAUCAUCAUGGCUUCCCUUUCACUUGCUCCUGUAAACAUCUUCAAAGCAGGUGCUGAUGAAGAGAAAGCUGAAACAGCCCGUCUGUCUUCCUUUGUUGGUGCCAUUGCAGUUGGAGACUUGGUUAAAAGUACAUUGGGACCAAAAGGCAUGGAUAAGAUACUGUUGAGUGGAGGAAGGGACUGUUCUGUGACUGUGACCAACGAUGGAGCAACAAUUCUUAAAUCCAUUGGUGUUGAUAAUCCAGCUGCAAGAAUUUUAGUUGAGCUUUCCAGGGUACAGGAUGACGAAGUUGGAGAUGGAACAACGUCAGUGACAGUAUUGACAGCUGAGCUCUUGAGAGAAGCAGAAUUGCUUAUUUCUAGAAAACUUCAUCCUCAGACAAUCAUUUCAGGCUGGAGAAAAGCAACUCAAGCUGCAAGAGAUGCUUUGAAAAAAGCAGCAGUGGAUCAUGGGGAUGAUGAAGUAAAAUUCUAUCAAGACCUAAUGAAUAUUGCUAGAACCACUCUGUCAUCCAAGCUGCUGACCCAUCACAAAAAUCACUUUGCUCGUUUGGCAGUGGAAGCUGUGGUCAGACUGAAAGGUUCUGGUAACCUUGAAGCAAUUCAUGUAAUCAAGAAACUUGGAGGGAGUUUAAUUGAUUCCUACUUGGAUGAAGGUUUUCUUUUGGAUAAGAAAAUUGGUGUUAACCAACCAAAGAGAAUUGAAAAUGCGAAAAUCUUGAUUGCGAACAGUAGUAUGGAUACAGACAAAAUUAAGAUAUUUGGUUCUCGUGUGAGAGUAGAUUCUACGGCUAAAGUUGCUGAGGUUGAACAGGCUGAAAAGGAAAAAAUGAAAGAAAAAGUGGAGCAAAUCCUGAAACAUGGGAUUAAUUGCUUUAUCAACAGGCAGCUGAUUUAUAACUACCCUGAGCAAUUAUUUGGAGCUGCAGGUGUUAUGGCUAUUGAGCAUGCUGACUUUUCUGGAAUUGAACGACUUGCACUUGUAACUGGUGGUGAAAUUGCUUCCACCUUUGACCAUCCUGAAUUGGUUAAGCUGGGCUAUUGUAAAGUUAUUGAAGAGGUUAUGAUUGGUGAGGAUAAGCUGCUUCACUUUUCUGGCGUGGAACUAGGUGAGGCAUGCACCAUUGUUCUUCGAGGAGCCACUCAACAGAUUCUAGAUGAGGCUGAACGAUCUUUGCAUGAUGCUCUCUGUGUCCUUGCACAGACCGUGAAAGAGACCAGAACUGUUUAUGGUGGAGGCUGCUCUGAAAUGUUAAUGGCACAAGCUGUUUUUGAACUUGCUGUUAGAACACCAGGUAAAGAAGCUGUUGCAAUGGAAUCAUUUGCUAAAGCUUUAACAAUGUUACCAACAAUCAUAGCUGAUAAUGCUGGGUAUGACAGUGCGGAUUUAGUGGCUCAGUUACGAGCUGCUCAUACAGAAGGGAAAGCAACGUAUGGAUUAGAUAUGACCAACAGCACCAUUGGAGACAUGGCAGCAUUGGGUAUAACAGAGAGCUUCCAAGUAAAAAGACAAGUCCUACUGAGUGCAUCAGAGGCAGCUGAAAUGAUCCUUCGAGUGGAUAACAUUAUUAAGGCAGCACCAAGGAAGCGUGUACCUGAUCAUCAUCCUUGCUAAGCCACAAACAUCACAGCAAGGACAUUUGGAGUUUUUGCCAAGAGUGAACUUGAGGCAUAACAUAUUAGGCUAAAGCAGAAAUUCUGUAUUUAUAAAAUUGUAGUUCACAAAAGCAGCGUGUCUCAGCUUGGUUCGACUUAUUUUCCCUUGUUGUGGAAUGUUUGUAUCUGAGGUUGUAUUCAUGGCACGUUGUAAUAAAAAAUUGUCAUCGCAA